UCCAGAGUGGAGACCAUAUGAGGGCUCUGUGCCCGGCCCUCAUGAGGACGCUACUGACCUUCCUGGCGGUGGGAUCCCUGGUCGCUCACGUCCCCGAGGACACCUCAGAUCUUCUCCAACACGUGAAAUUCCAGUCCAGCAACUUCGAAAACAUCCUGACGUGGGACAGCCGGCCAGACAGCUCCCCAGACACCAUCUACAGUGUCCAGUAUAAGACGUACGGAGAGAGAGAGUGGUUGGCGAAGGAGGGCUGCCAGCGGAUCACACGGAAAUCCUGCAACCUGACCUUGGAGACGGGGAACCUCACCGAGCUCUACUACGCCCGGGUCACCGCCAUCGACCCAGGAGGCCGGUCAGCCACCAAGAUGACAGACCGGUUCAGCUCACUGCAGCACACUAUCAUCAAACCACCUGAUGUGACCUGCAUCCCCAAGGUGAGAUCCAUCCAGAUGAUAGUCCAUCCCAUCUACACGCCCAUACGCGCAGGGAAUGGCCACCAGCUAACCCUGGAAGACAUCUUUCAGGACCUGUUCUACCGCAUCGAGCUGCACAUCAAUGACACCUACCAAAUGCACCUUGGAGGGAAGCAGAGAGAAUUCGAGUUCAUUGGCCUGACCCCUGACACGGAGUUCCUUGGGACCAUUGUGAUUUUUGUCCCCACCUGGUCCAAGGAGAGCGCCCCCUACAUGUGCCGGGUGAAGACCCUGCCAGAUCGCACGUGGACCUACUCCUUCUCCGGCGCCGUCCUGUUCUCUAUGGGCUUCCUCGUCGCUGGGCUCUGCUACCUGGGCUACAGAUACAUCACCAAGCCGCCGCCGCCUCCCAACUCCCUGAACAUCCAGCACGUACUGACCUUCCAGCCUCUGCGGUUCAUCCAGGAGCACGUCCUGAUCCCCGUCUUUGACCUCAGCGGCCCCAGCAGCCUGGCCCAGCCUGUCCAGUACUCCCAAGUCAAGGUCCCUGGGCCCAGGGAGCCCCCAAGAGCCCCACCGCUGCACAGCCUGUCUGAGAUGGCCUACCUCGGGCAGCCGGACCUCUCCAUCCUCCGGCCCUCUGGAGGGCCACCUCACCAGACACUCCCUCCAGUGUCCUAUGCCCCCCAGGCUGCCCCUGAGGGCAGACCCCUGUCCUAUGCACCUCAGGUAACCCCAGAAGCUAAAGCCCCCUUCUACACUCCACAGGCCGUCCCUGAGGUCCAGCCUCUUUCCUACACCCCUCAGGCCGCGCCGGACAGCUGCCCUCCUUCCUAUGGGCUAUGCCUGGAAGGUUCUGGCACAGACUCUCCACCUCUGACACUGCCUGGUCCCAAACACCUCAGAACUGAAGGUCAGCUCCAGAAAGAGGCACCAGCUGGAGGCUGCGUCCCAGGUGGCCUUUCUCUGCAGGGGGUGACCUCCUUGGCGAUGGAGGACCCCCAAGAAGAAAAAUCCUUCUGCCAGCAUCUGGAGGUUCACACGGACAGAGCACCUGACUCUAAGGUUAAAUGCAAGGGAGAACCAGGGACCCCAGUCUACCUCAAGGGCCGGCUGCCUCUCCUCUCCUCUGUCCAGAUCGAGGGCCACCCUGUGUCCCUCCCUUUGCAAACUCCUUCCCUCCCAUGUUCCCCCAUGGAUGAGGGUCCCAGGUGGGGCCUGCUGGAGUCCCUCGUGUGUCCCAGUGAGGAGGGUCCAGUGUCGGAGAUGGAGGGCAAGACCCCAGGCCCUCAGGCCCUGGAACUGGAGUCACCCACGGAACUGGACUCUCUUUUCAGAGGCCUGGCCCUGACCGUGCAGUGGGAGUCCUGAGCAGAGAACAGGGCGGGCCUGGGGCUUCCUCCUGCCCCUGUCCCCACCUCGUAUCUUCAGCCAUCACUCCCACAGCCAGCAGCGUUACGCACCCUGUAGCCCAGCCCCAGGCGGGUACCCUGGAGGAACCAGCAGAAGGAGGAGGCUGGGCCCCUGCUGGGACUGAGCUCCCAUCGGAGCACCAAGGCAUGAGAAGCACUCCAGCAGAGGAGUUACAGAAGUGCAUCGUGUGCAAACAAGCAUGUGCACGCCGAGUUCUGCAUGUGCAGGAUGCACUGUUGGAGUUAAUGCAGGGAACCGCCCGGCUCCCAGCACGCUGGACGCCAAGUUCUCCAGGAGCCAGUUUCAUAAUUUCGUUCAGCCGAGUGAGGUCUCUGGCCCCUCUGUGAUUCCCCAAAGUUGAGAAAAGGAGCCUGAAAAAGGAUGGGCAGAACCAGAACAACCCACACCUCUGCCAAGUCCAGGGACAGCUUGAUGGCAAGACAACAGGGAGGGGUGUGGCCUGCAGCUCCUUCCCAACCAGGGCCCUUUCUGAAACUGCACCAUUUUAGCUUCGUGCCUCUGUGAGAGGCUUUACCCCAAGUGAAAUGCAGGCCCAACAGGGAAGGAGAACACAAACCUUUUCUGUGGGCAGGAGUUUCAGACCCUAUGCCGGGAGCAGGGGCGGGGGGGGGCGGGGGGGGGGCGGUUGUUGAAAGGAACAGGGGGCCAUGAGGCACCUGAAGGAGACAUAACAACAAACUGUACUUACUUCACAACGUUGCAAACUCAGCCUUGGGUUCAGCCCAUCUCAAAUUCCACCCUUACUACUUGCGAGCUGGGUGACUCCAAGCAAAUGAAUCACUGCUCAAAACCUCAGUUUCCUCAUCUGUAUAAUGGGGAUACUAACACCUACCUCACAGGGUUGUGGUAAGGAUGACAUUAAAUAAUAUCUGUAAAAUAUCUCAGAGUGCCUGGCACGUGGGCGUUGCCCAAUAAACAGUAGCUCUUU